AUGCUGGUUCGUCAGGCCACCCUCACCUACCAGAAGGCCCUCUCCUCCUUCGCCGCCCGUGCCGCAGCUGUCGGUGUCAAUUUGAGAGGCCAUCAUGGCACUGGAGCAUGUUCCCACCAAACUCCAAAAAUCCUAAUCACUGGUGGUCUUGGUCAACUUGGAAUGCCCCUAGCACGCGUCUUUCGUUCCAAAUAUGGCCAGGACUCUGUCAUCCUGACUGACAUUAAGAAACCCGAUCCUGCUGUGAAGGAUGUCGGCCACUUUGAGUUCGCUGACAUCAUGGAUGUUGAUGGAUUGAGAGAACUGGUGGUGGAGCAUCGUAUUGACUGGCUCAUCCACUUCUCAGCUUUGCUCUCCGCUGUUGGAGAACAAAACACCCCGUUGGCGAUGCAGGUGAAUAUUGGAGGUCUUCAUAACAUUUUCAACGUGGCGCGAGAAUUCAGUCUCCGUCUGUUCAUUCCCAGCACCAUCGGAGCCUUUGGACCCAAUUCACCGCGUAAUCCGACACCUGAUGAUUGUAUUCAACAACCGAAUACCAUAUAUGGUGUGAGCAAGGUUCAUGCUGAACUACUCGGCAUGUAUUUGAACCACAGAUACGGACUUGACUUCAGAUCUCUCCGUCUUCCCGGUGUCAUCUCUGCUGAUGUCGAACCCGGCGGUGGCACAACAGACUACGCCAUUCAUAUUUUCAAGUACGCAAUGCGUGGUGAACCCUACCCUUGCUUUCUAAGCCAGAAUACGAGGCUGCCGAUGAUUUGGAUCGAUGAUGUUAUUCGAGCCAUGGCCGAAGUGAUGGAAUGCCCAAGAGAGAAGUUGAAGAGGUGUGUUUACAAUCUGGCGGGUAUUUCGUUCACCCCGAAGGAGAUUAAUGAAGCUAUGCUUCGUGGAAUGCACCGGCAUGGAUUGAUAGAGCAGUUGAAGACGUAUGAGCUCAAAUACGACGUUGACUUCCGUCAAAAGAUUGCUGAUAGUUGGCCAGAAGUUUUGGACGAUGCCAAUGCCAGACGAGACUGGGGCUGGAGGCACGAGGUCGACAUCGAUGGCAUGGUGGACAAGAUGUUUGAGUACCUCAAGGCCCACUCAACCUGCAAAAAACGGUUUUCAGCACCGCACGUCCCUCGAAUUUCAUCCAUCUAUAUUUUCUUUCCGAUGGAACAUUGCCACUUUAGUCAGUGUAUUUAA